GUGGAUGCUGCGAUCCGUGCGAUCCAGGCAGAUCCAAGUAAUCUGGAAGCGGCCAGGUCGUUAAUCGCGAAUCUCAGUCCUACAGCUGCGGCCACAUUAGUGCAGAUAAUGACCAAAAGUGGAGCGUUACCAAAGCCUGUGAUGAGCGCUCUCUCAUCGAUAUCCAACUCGAUGCAGCAGCCAUCGUCGUCGUCUGCGUCGAGCAACGGUGUGAACUCAGCGUCAAGCAUCUCAUCGACAUCAGUGCAUGCUCAUGCAGGUGGUGUUGUUCAAAAUCAAUUAACUGAACUGUUAGGACAAUUGGCAUCGCUGGAACACAAAAAUUCAGAUGCUUCGGCAGCCGUCUCUCAAGCAACAACAACAUCACAACAUUCAGAGAGUGGGUAUACUGUUUAG